AUGCAGGAAACGAUCCUUAUAACCGGUGCGACCAGCUCCCUUGCAACACGCAUUGUCCACCUCCUCCUUACCAAAUACUCUUCCUCACCCCAAGACCCAAGUCUGGACGAGAAUGGCCAUGAAUAUACACUGCUUUUAACGUCCCAGAACCCAUCCAAGAUCAAACUCAAACUCCCUAAACUUACGUCGAACACAAACAUCAGCAUCAGAAUCAGGAAACUCGACCUGUCCAACCUCUCAUCAGUGCAUGAUUUCGCUACAGCAAUCAGCACAGACGUCCAAUCUGGCAAGAUCCCCCGGCUAAGGAGCAUCAUUUGUAAUGCUUCCUACUGGAACUUACGCGGCGACGGAGAAUUAACAGACGACGGACACGAGGGGACAUUCCAGGUCAACUACAUCGCGCAAACAGCCCUCGUCCUCCGUCUCUUGGGGGCCUUUAAUCCCGGGUCAGGAGGGAGUAUUGUGCUUCUCACCUGUGAUAUACACCGACACUGGCCCCUCAGAAGCGUGCUUGGUCGAGCACGUGGCCUGGAAAAGUAUCCCCCUGGAAUCCCGGCAGAUCUAAACAAGCUGGUUGAGGUUGAAUCCCAGUCACACCCUCAGUCUGAGCCUCAGUCUCCAGAGCAGAUUCUGGAAGAGCUACAGGAGAAACCAAAGAUCAGGAAAAAUGAAAAGGUGGAGUAUAUGCCCCGCGGCAUCCAGCGGUACACAAACUCGAAGAUGGCUCUGAUUAUGUGGAUGUAUGCAUUGAAUCGGCGCUUAGAGGCCGAUCUUGCCCUCAACACUAUCACCGCCAUUUCAGUCAACCCAGGAACACUCCUCAACUCACGAGCUCUGCGAGCAAACACCCCGUUUCGUCUAAAAUUUCUCUCCCUGUUCCUGAUGACUACAGUCCGCCCAUCCCUCUCGCUACUUUGCCGACUACCUUUCGUGGGGAGGAAGUUCAAGGCGAAGAAGACAAUGCGCAGCUGCGCGGAGGCGGCUAGUGGAGUUGUAGAUUUUGCAUUCGGCAUCAAACCGGAUUCCAACAAUGCUAGCUCUGGAGAUAUGGACACGGGUGCAGAUGAGGAUGGAGACGUGAAUGACGAUAGCGAUAGUGAGGGCGGGUACUACACCCUCACCCUUCCCACAAGAGACGUGGAUCUGCCAGAUACGGAUUGUUUGAAUGAGGAGAGGCAAGAGGCCCUCUGGAGAAAAACACUCCAAUGGGCGGGCAUUUCGAAUGUGAAUACAGCGAUUCAAGUCGAGAUCUGA